AUGCGUCUCGACCGCCUUCCGUACGACAUGCCGCAACGCAUGGACCCGCGCGGCAUACCGCCACCCCCAGACUUCGGCAGCAAGUUCCUUCCUCAAGGUUUCUCGGGUGGCGAUUCCGGUCUUCUGCCACCGCGACAGCCAUACGUCUGGAACGCCUUAGUCCCCCAAGGUCCUCCAAGCUAUGAAUUGCAGGCACCGUAUCCUGUCGUGACCGGCUACGCCCCCAGAGGAUAUGGCCAUGCACCCUCCGCUGAGCCUCCUGGCCUUUGGGAACCAUAUCCCCCUGCGCCUGAUUACGUCGCCAGAGGAUACGCUCACAUGCCCGACCCUGAACGUUUCGGAUUUCAGGAAGAAUAUCCAGAAGCUCCUAGCUACAACACCAACGCAUAUCCUGCUGUGUCCGUUGCCGCGCCAUUUCAACUCUUACCUACGCCUAUUUCGGCCCCCGGCAGGUACAUUGCGCCGGGCUUCAUGCCUGCCGUUGAGAACGGUGGAUUCCCUGGACAGAUCGGAACAAGAGCUGGCUUUCAAGAGGCAAAGGGAGAGGAAGACAUCACCCUCGGCGACUCUGAGCUGCGUGAAUUCAUGGCCAAAUCCAACGCACGUCUUGCGGCAAUCGAGGCUCGACAAGGUGCAGAUCCUGCUGUAAAGGUGGGAAACCCGGCUAGCACUGAACAUGUGCUGAAAUCAGGCUCGUCUACCAACAAGACCGCGCCCAAGAUAGGGGCGUCUUCCUCUCGGAUUACGAAGAAUGCCAGAUACAACGCCGCUAAGGCGCGUAAAAAGCGCAAACGGCUCACCAAGCGUCAGAAAAACGGCUUGCAAACGGACAUUUUGGACCUGCUUGAUUAA